CACAAGGAGGAUGUGAAAACAAGAGGAGGCUUGCGGUGUCAAGCAUGCGGAUUUGUUAAAUUCUGUGGAAUUAGAAGCAGGUUCUGAUGCUAUGUAUAUUUGCUUUAUAACAUUCAAUGCGUUUCAUCCGCAUUUACAAUCGGAUACAUUAAUAUCUUUGGGAAAUUUCUCUUUACGGAAAAGCUGUUAUUGAUAAACCAUCCUUAGGCAAUCAAUCAAGACCGGACUACUUUCACCUGGUAUUGAUUCAAGGUUUUUGGAAAACUGCUGUAGCUGUCAGGUUAUGAAGCUGUAAUCGUUCCUCUUAGUCCUUUCCGUUUAGUAAGUUUUCCAGGGUACGGUAAGAUUUCUAGCCUGUAACUGUGGCUACAAUCAAUAUUGCACUUUGUAUUUGAAUCAUUGCGGUGGGAGAUAACGUUCACGGUGUUCUGGGUAGACCAGUUUACUGCAUCAGCCAACGUAUUUGGCACAAUUCAUUGGGAAAACAAAAGCUAAACGGACGCGUGUGUUUUAAUUAGGAUUAUAUAGUAAGAAACACAAACAUGUCACUCAGCAGAAGUAUUGAAUUUGAACACUUCGAGGAACGAGACAAGACGCACCGGUCAUCACGGGCCAACAGCUCGGGCUCACAUUCAGGUUCCAGAGGUAACGGUCUCGUGCCGAGCCCGGCUCACAGCGCGCACUGUAGCUUCUAUCGUACGCGCACACUACAGUCUUUGACAUCGGAGAAGAAAGCAAAGAAAGUACGUUUCUACAGAAAUGGAGACAGAUACUUUAAAGGUUUGGUGUACGCCGUGUCUCACGACCGUUUUAGGUCAUUGGACGCCUUACUCAUGGAACUCACCCGGUCCCUUUCGGACAACGUUAACCUUCCCCAAGGUGUUCGGACUCUGUAUUCGGUGGACGCCGGCAAAAGGAUCACAAGCCUAGAUGAGCUAGUGGAAGGUGAGAGCUAUGUGUGUGCCUCCAACGAGCCCUACCGCCACGUGGACUACACCAAGAACGUCAACCCCAACUGGUCGGUGGGCAUCAAGGCGGGCGCGUCGCGCUCCCUCUCGUCCCUCAGCACGCUGGUGAAGAGUGAGCUACAGCGCGAGUCCAAGGACUUCAUCAAGCCCAAGCUGGUAACCGUCAUCCGCAGCGGCGUGAAGCCGCGCAAGGCUGUCCGCAUCCUGCUCAACAAGAAGACUGCACACUCUUUCGAGCAGGUGCUCACCGACAUCACCGACGCCAUCAAGCUGGACUCUGGGGCGGUGAAGAGGCUUUACACGCUGGAAGGGAAACAGAUUAUUUGUCUGCAGGACUUUUUUGGCAACGACGACGUGUUCAUUGCGUGCGGCCCGGAGAAGCAUCGCUAUGCCCAGGAUGACUUUCUGUUGGACCACAGCGGUAAGGCCUCUGCAGCCUUCGUGACUGAAUGCAGGGUGCUGAAGUCUUCCUACUCUGCUCGCUCCCCGACUCCUGUUCGGGCUUCUGGGUCCAAGAGUCCUGGAAUCUCCCGCCGUAGCAAGUCCCCGGGCACAACCAGAAGAACAGUACACUACUCCACCAGCCAGUCUCCAAUCAAAUCCCCAGUCAAUGGCAUGUCCAGCAGUCAGAUCACUACUCCAAAGUCCACAAAGUCCUCCACCCCCUCCCCCACUGGCAGCUCCCGAAGCUUCAAGAUCCCUCCUUCGCAUCACGCGUCUGCGCCCAACAUCAACAGGUCGUCCAGUAACCACCAGGAGCACAUACACCACCUGAGCCCUGAGGCAGUAAACGGGAACAGAUGUCUGGCGUCCUCCAGCGUGCUGGAGAAGUACCGGGUGGGAAAAAUCAUCGGAGACGGAAACUUUGCCGUGGUUAAGGAAUGCGUGGAGAGGGCGUCUGGGAAGGAGUUCGCUCUGAAGAUUAUUGACAAAACCAAGUGCAGUGGAAAGGAGCACCUGAUAGAGAACGAGGUGGCAGUGCUACGAAGGGUCAAGCACCCCAACAUCAUCAUGCUGAUCGAGGAGCUGGACACCACCAGCGAGCUCUUCCUGGUUAUGGAGCUGGUCAAGGGAGGAGACCUGUUCGACGCCAUCACGUCCUCCACCAAGUACACAGAGAGAGACGCAAGCGCCAUGGUGUUCAACCUGGCCGGGGCCCUCAAGUAUCUACACAGCAUGAACAUCGUCCAUAGGGACAUCAAGCCUGAGAACCUUCUGGUCUGUCAGCACCCAGACGGCACCAAGUCUCUGAAGCUGGGGGACUUUGGCCUGGCCACGGUGGUGGAGGGGCCCCUGCACACCGUCUGUGGGACCCCCACCUACGUGGCCCCUGAGAUCAUAUCCGAGUCCGGGUAUGGUCUGAAGGUGGACAUCUGGGCAGCAGGAGUUAUCACCUACAUCUUACUGUGUGGCUUCCCUCCCUUCAGAAGUGAGAAUAACCUCCAGGAGGACCUGUUUGACCAGAUCCUGGUGGGCAGGCUGGACUUCCCCUCCCCCUACUGGGACAACAUCACCGACUCAGCCAAGGAGCUGAUUGGCCAGAUGCUGCAGGUGAACGUGGAGGCUCGCUACACGGCUCAGGAUGUCCUCGUACACCCCUGGGUCACGGAUGAUGCGGCGCUGGAGAACGACAUGCAGUCAGACGUCACAGGUAAACUGAGGAGCCACUUCAGCGCAGCACCAAAGCACAACAACAUCCCUGCAGCCGUGUCUGUUAUCAUGAACACAGCUCUCGAUAAGGAGAACAUCCAGCUGACUUUCCGUCGCCAGGGUCUGAGAGCACCAGCUCUGUCUGGUGAGAAAGCCCCGCCUCCCCCGCCACUCAAACCAGCCUCAGCAACCCAGCUGGCCUCUCCCAUGCUGCCAGUGUCGCCCACCAAUCCUGGGACGCCCUUGAAGCCAGCCUCGCUCACCAAACUGGCUUCUCCUCCCAAGACUGUCCCUCUAAUGGCGCCCCCCAGCCCAGGGAUGGCCAUGCUCACUCUAACCCCUGUGCCCACAUUCAUGCCACUUUCCUCUCAGUCCUCGCCCAUCAGGUGCCCCUCCCCCACCAGGCUUAAUUUCUGCCCUCCUCCCUUCACCCAGUCUUUUCCUACCAUAAGCUCCUCCCCCUCCUCUCCCUCCAAGCUAAAAACGUCUCCCUCUUCUCCGUUUGCGCCUCUGAUUCCAGUGACCACCCUCUCCCCUUUCAGCCAAUCCCUGUGUCUUACAUACACUCAUCCUUUUGACUCCCCCUCGCCCUCUGCCCCUCCCCUGCUGUUCAGUUGCCCCUCUCCUUCCGCCCCUAACUCACCUGUUUCCUGCCUUUCCCCUUUGGCCGCACCCUGUCCCGCCACUUGCCCCUCCCCCACAUCCCCUACCCAAGCAAUCUCUUGCCCCCCCUCCUCCCCUGGCACCAAACCCACCGUGUCUUCCCCUUCCCACCCUACCACGCCCAAGAGCCCUGUCUCCCCCCUUACUCCUCCCCUGCCAAACCCCACCCAGUCCUGUACCAGCGGCCAGGCCAUCCCUCCCAUGUCCCCCCCAGUUGGCAUCGAGCUUGAAGCUUCUGCCAGGGAGCCCUGAGCUGGGGGGAGCAGUGCCCCUCCCUCCCUCACCCUGUCAACCCUUAAUCCAGUCCGCAAUCCCUAGGACUGUGUGUUGCAUGUAGGGGAUUAGAAGGACACCCACCCCCGCCUCCUCUUCCUCUAUCCCAGUAGCAGAACCCUUACUGCUGUUCCCAAACCCCAGCGUGUUCAUAGCCUAUUCCCAGGCAAUUAGAAGGAUGUUGAGGUUUUUUGUAUGUUUGGCUAGUUGUAUAUACAGUGUGUGUAUUUAUAUCUGAGGGGUUUCUGGACUGCUCACUGCUGUGGGGAGUUCUGUGUGGUUGAUGUGAUGAAGAAUGAAAACUGUUUGUUAUUUUACUUAUUUAUUGUCCACCCUAUAUUGACGAUGAGUUUGUUGGUACAUGUACACGCAUGCUUUACAUACACAAACACAGACACAAUGUUAAAAGUGUAUUUUUUGACGUGAGUGUAGUUUGUUGUUACUAUACAUGUUUGUAGCUGUAUAUCAUGAGAAAUCUUUAGUUGAACAAAUGUUAUUCUUUGCCAGUAAGGCAGCUUGUGAUUGACCCGCAAUGGCCCCUAUACCAUGAAACAAACAACAUGACGAAUGUGUGUUGACAAAAAGAGGUGUGCCUGUAAACUUUAUGGGAGUUUAGCAGUUUGGAGGCCUUUAUCCUAAAACCAGCUUGACUUAAAAUACAUCCUGGGAAAUUGAUCCUUACCCUCAUGAAAACAUUUUUAUUUUUUGUACACAUGACUAGACAUCAUGUGAAUAUGUUCUUUUUGACUUUCUUUAGAUGUACUUGUUUUAAAGUUCAUACUCUAGCAUAUUCAUGUUGUCUUGUAGCUGCAGUUCCUCACAAUAGGAGUCUGAUGUUGACAUUGGCUCCAGUGCCCACCCUCAUGGGCUUGUAGGCAUGUUGUGGGCUUCUUCUGUGGCUCACACACACACACACACACACACACACACACACACACACACACAUACACACACACGUCAAGCUGAUACUCUUAAGAAAUUUUAGCUCCUCUGCUCAUGUUGAUUCAAUCCUAAAUCUGGUUUGUGAUCUGGUCUUGAACAUUUGUAAGAAAAAGACAAACCUGGAAAAGCACCACAAUGUUAUGAUUCAGCAACAGUUAUAGUUUAGGCAGCUGCCAUUGGCAACUUAAGCUGCUUCUAAUGCUUUAUAAUAUUCUAAUAGGAAUACUU